CUCGGCUUCGUGCCGCCGUCGAGCUUUCAAAACUCGGACAUAAUCUGCCACAAUGGUUCACAUGGCCCGAGAGCCACGUGGGUCCCAUCAUGGACUACCUUGCUCCGUGCCCGGCGGCGGCGAGCGCGAGCGGCGGAGGCUGCACCACAGUCAGCAAGGAGGAGCUCAGGUUUGUCAAGGUUGCACAGGCCGGUCUCAAGCGCGGUGUCACGCCCGCCACGGACUGGCUCAAGGCGUGGGUCACCGACGACCUCAUCAAGGAUAACUUCAGAUGGACGUUCCAGGUGCCCAAGGACUUGAAGUCGGGGAUGUAUGUGCUGCGUCAUGAGAUCAUCGCGCUGCAUUCGGCGUGGGAUGUCGAGGGUGUUCAGGCCUAUCCACAGUGCAUCAACCUUAAUGUGACGGACGGAGGGUCGACCGAGAUUACGGGGGGAGAGUCGGCAACGACGUUUUACACCCAGGGCGAGCCGGGCUUGCAUAUCAAUGUGUAUAACGGGUUUAACGAGGGCGGGUAUCCGUUCCCUGGACCGGCGCUGUGGAGAUGAAGAGUCUAGAGGAGCAUACCUAGCUAGUCAUUUAAGGUAUCUUACAACUCGCUGG